ACUUUGAUUGGGCGGGAAAGGAAGGUGUGGCGAAAUAUCCAUAUAUAAUGAAUGAAGUUGUACCUUGGUCAGAUGGUGUGCAGAAUGGUGAAGUGAUCAAAAAGGAGCAUGAUUGGGAUAUUCUGCACAGAUCUAUUCAUGAUCGGUUCUAA